GGUUGUUAGCCCCAUAAACGCGUUUUAGCCAACUCUUCUUCCUACUCUCACACAACCUUCCAAAAUCCUCUAAUGGGAAAGUGUUUUUUCUCAUAAUUUCCCAAAAUUCAGAGGAACCUUCGCAUCAACCACUUGUCUGCUGGUUGUUUCACAUGAAUUAUUAUUAUUAUUGUCAAUUGUCAAUUAUAUAGCUGUCUUCCUCUAUCUUAUCCCUAUUACUUUUUCGAAUUUUUGAUUUUGAUGUAUCCACCAUUGACUAUCUUGUCACUUUUCUUGAAUACUUAGUUGUUCUUUUCAACAAAAGUAAAGUUUUUCUGUGGAGUGAUCACUUGUUGUUCUGGGAUUUUGAAGGUUAUGGGGUUGUUUGGUAAACAUGAGUUGCUUGUAUUGGUUAUGUCCACCAUGUGUUUGAUGAAAUGCUCCUUAGAGUAUGACCCUAAGGAUAACUAUCUGGUUGAUUGUGGAUCGCCUGCAAAUCGUACCACCGUAGGUGAUAGGGUUUUCGUAUCAGAUAGUUCUCAUAGUUUUCUUUCGAACCCGGAACAAGAAUCCAUAAAUGCAACAAACUCUGAACCAAGUUCAUCCAUUUAUGGAUCUUUGUUGUAUAGAACUGCUAGGAUUCUUAACAGAACUUCCAACUUUACGUUUUCGAUCAAUCAACAUGGACGUCACUUCGUUCGCCUCUACUUCUUCCCUUUUGUUCCAGAUCAUCAAACCUAUAACCUUAGUAGUUCGAAAUUCUCUGUGUCUGCUCACGGUUUUACUCUGUUGAAAGAUUUCCAACCAGGUGUUACUCCUAGUGUUAAGGAAUAUUCUAUAAACAUUACCUCGGAUGAAUUGGUUCUCACUUUUACGCCUUCUGCCAAUUCGUUCGCCUUUGUAAAUGCUUUAGAAGUCGUGUCUCAUCCGGAUGAACUCAUCCCGGUUUCUGCCCAACCCGUUGAGGGGUCAACAAACCAUCAUGGUUUGAUCGCACAAGCACUAGAAACUGUGGCUAGGAUUAACAUGGGGAACCAAUCGGUUUCGCCUGAUAAUGAUACCUUGUGGCGCGCUUGGAAUUCAGAUGGUCCAUUUGUAAAAAGGAACAAUUUCGUUCGGUUUGUUACAAAUUUAAGUGCUGUAAACUAUACAGAAAACGGUCCAUCUGUUGAUAUUGCUCCAUUAUCCGUUUAUGGUACUGCCACUAAACUAGAUAACGAGCAGAACCCUAGUGCGCGCCUCAAUAACACUUGGUCUUUCAAUGUUGAUCCGGGGUUUUCCUACUUUGUCCGGUUUCAUUUCUGUGAUAUAUUCCAACUCCCACCUUCGGACCUGUGGCUUAAUAUUUAUUUAAAUUCAAUGUCCGUCAAGAAGGAUUUCAAUAUAGGUCUAGAAACGUCAAACGUUUAUGGUGCUCCGUACUUCUUGGAUGCUGUCACUAGGGUAAGUCGGGACGGCAUGAUAAAUGUAAGCAUAGGAACUAGCAAUGUAUACAACGCAUUACCUGAAAGUUUUCUUAACGGGCUCGAGAUUAUGAAAAUAAGCAAUUCCAAAGGCAAUCUUGAUGGGUCAUUGACUUCACUGUCAAAGAAGAAAGUUUGGGUCAUAGCCGCAUCGGUUGCAGGAGCAUUGUUUAUUAUAGGUGUUUUGGGCUGUUUAAUCUUCAUCUUGUGCAGAAGAAAUAAACGUAAAUCAAAAGCGGGCCACGCUAAACAAGAAUACUUGAGCCCAGACGAAAGUACCAUUUUCUCAAAGUCAAAGGUCGGAUACCGUUUUCCAUUAAUAGCAAUUCAAGAAGCUACUGAUAGAUUCAGUGAGAGUUUGGUAAUUGGCAUUGGCGGUUUUGGCAAAGUUUAUAAAGGGACGUUGUUCGAUGGAACUGUAGUCGCGGUGAAACGAGGGGCCCCGCAAUCGAAUCAAGGUUUAGCUGAAUUUCGAACCGAAAUAGAAAUGUUAUCCCAGUUUCGUCACCGUCAUUUAGUGUCUUUAAUAGGUUACUGUGACGAAAGGAAUGAAAUGAUAAUCAUAUAUGAGUAUAUGGAAAACGGGACUUUGAAAAACCAUCUGUAUGGUUCGGAUCUUCCGAAACUGAAUUGGAGGCAGAGGCUCGAGAUCUGCAUAGGUUCAGCGAAAGGACUUCAUUAUCUACACACGAGUUCCGCAAAAGCGAUCAUUCAUCGAGACGUUAAAUCUGCUAACAUAUUGUUGGAUGAAAAUUUCAUGGCUAAGGUUGCUGACUUUGGGCUUUCGAAGAACGGGCCAGAGUUCGACCAGUCUCAUGUUAGCACUGCGGUCAAAGGAAGUUUUGGUUAUCUUGAUCCCGAAUACAUGACUAGACAACAAUUGACUGAGAAAUCCGACGUUUACUCUUUUGGGGUUGUUAUGUUCGAGAUUUUGUGUGGGAGACCGGUCAUUGACCCAUCUCGUCCACGAGGAAUGGUGAGUUUGGUCGAAUGGGUGAAAGAGUUGCAGAAACAAGGUGAAUUGGAGAAAAUUAUCGACCCGUAUCUUGUUGGAAAGAUGAAAAUGGAGUCUUUGAAGAAGUUUGUGGACAUUGCUGAUAAAUGUUUAGCAGAUGAAGGUAUUGACAGGCCUGCAAUAGGAGAUGUGUUGUGGAAUCUUGAGUAUGCCCUUCAACUUGAAGGAGUUGAAAUAAAAACGGGUCAAACGGUGGUCAACGAUUCCGCAAAAUAUAAUGUGGAGAAUGGUGUUAGUAGCACUGUGUUUACUGAAGGAAGUAUGGGUGAUCUUGAUGGUGUUUCAAUGAGCAGAGUGUUUUCAGAGAUGGUUAAAGGUGAUAAGCAAGAAAUGAGGUGAAGAGAGUUGAAGCUUUAGUUGAUUAGGGAAAUAUUUCUUUUUGUGUUUUUAUUUUUUAUUUUUUAUUUUUUUGUAUUAAGUAUCUUUCCAACUUGUAGUUGAUGUUUUGAUCACUGAUUUGAAGUGUUAUUUUGAUUGGUAUUGUGACAUAUAUGAGUUGGUAUAAGUUCAAUACUCACUUGGUGUUGGUUCUC